AUGUCUCGCACCAACUAUCAGUUCCCUCCUUCUUCGCCAUUCAACGACAACGACAGCGGCAAUGGCGAUGACAGAGAGUGUUCGCCAGCGGUACGAGUCAAGGAGACAUUUGCAAUCAGCGCGUUAGCUUCAGUCACGAGCCAGCAGCAAAAGCUUGCGCGUGGAUAUCAAGAGUACCCGACUCCUAAUCCUUCAUCGUCGUUAUUUAGAUCUUCGUCACCUGUGAAGGCGGAAUUUUCAAAAAGUGAGAAAGAACCGUUGGCGUUGGAUAAUCUUGUCAGAAAGAACGACACGAACACGAACACGAACACGGACAACGACAAGGAAAAGGAAAAGGUGCAAAUUAACAAGGAUUUCAAUAUUGUCAACCUGGACAAGAACGUGGUGAGGAUUCCUUUCAGCACGGAUGAAGGCCAUUUCACCAUUGGGAGGUCGUCGCGCAACUGUGACUUCCCCUUGGACUCCAAGGAUGCUCGCAUCUCGAGAGUCCACCUAAAGCUAAGCUAUGAUGCCAAGAACGCAACCAUCACUUGCGUGGGUGCCAACGGAGUCGGGAUCGUCAUCCCCAGACCGUGCUAUAUCCUUGCUACUGAAGUUGCGGAUCAAUAUUUGAUCACCGAAAACAAAAGCGGUAAUCCUUUGGAUACUUCAAACUUGAAGAGCUUGACGAUCGAGGUUGAUGAUAACCACACGGAAUUCAACAUUCACAAGGGAGAAACCGUUAUUGUGCCCAGGUUUGAAAAUAUCGUCUUGGAGAUAUCUAAGCAAGUGAUAAUUUUGAACCCAUGCUACAUUGAAGAGUUUUUAACUGAAGAAGACGAUGAGUUGACUGACGAUGAGGAGCUCAUGUUGCUCGAGGGUAAAGCUGGUCAAGAUCACGAAGACGCCUCGGUGACUCCCGUAAACAGGAUGUUGAGUAGUUCGCUCCCAAACACCCCAUCCAAGCCAAAAGCCGCCACUACAGACAUCACGGGUUCAAGAGAAGACGAUUAUGAAACGCCAAGCAAGGAGUAUGUUGUUAAAAUCGCCAAUCCCAAAUCUGUCAAUGCAACGACAUUCACCGUGUAUCAAGACCAAGAUCAAAGUCAAGACACGGCAGCUCGUCCUACUUCUUCUUCAACAACAACAACCCCGAUGGGCCUGGUUUUCACUGACAUCAUCAACAACAGACGCGCCGUGUCCGAGGAGCCCAAAUCACAAAAGCGCGCAUAUGACACGAUUCAAGACGAACACGAGGACGACGAGGGGGACAAGGAAAACUUUGCGCCAGCCACGAGUUUGCUUGCAAACCCCGCGCACGAGAAUGUAGAAAAGAAGAACAGCAACAAGAACAGGAACAAGAACAAGAGAAUCAGGCCCUCGACUCCCAUAUUUGACGACUCGGCGCUUUCAUUACCUGACAUUUCAGAAAUCAAAAACAUCUUGAUUAAUCACCUUGCCUUUUCGAGGCUGAGCUCCACGCCAGCGUCAGUGUUGAACACCAUCAGCGCGUCGACUUCCCCUUUAUCGCUUUCGCAAAUCAGGGGCGUUCUCAACAGCAUCAAGUGUGUCGGGGUCAUUUAUCGUCAAGGUAAAGAUGCCGCUGGCAAGCCGUUAGAGGAGGAGUACUAUUAUAUGCCGGAGCACGAUGAAGAUCAGGGCCGGACGCAGUUGAUGAGUAACGUCAAGGGUCAUACUGGGUUGAGGUCCUGUAGAAGAACUCAUAAGCAGUACUAUUGGAAGAAACCGGCGCCUGUUAAAAAAACGUAG